UCCUGCCCGGCAUAGGCUCCACCCGAGUGCCUGGGGCCUCUCCAAACGCUCGAAUCGUGACUCCCUCUCCACGCUGCAGAGGCAGGGGAGGGAAGGGAGACUGAGCCUGCGACCCGCGCCUCACCAGCAGCAGCCGCGCUCUCAGCCGCAAGGAUGGGCAACGCACAGGAGCGGCCUUCGGAGACCAUCGACCGCGAGCGGAAACGCCUGGUAGAGACGUUGCAAGCGGACUCCGGGCUGCUGCUGGACGCACUGGUAGCGCGGGGAGUGCUCACCGGGCCCGAGUACGAGGCGCUGGAUGCACUGCCUGACGCCGAGCGCCGGGUGCGCCGCCUGCUGCUGCUGGUGCAGAGCAAGGGCGAGGCCGCCUGCCAGGAGCUGCUGCGUUGUGCCCAGCAUGCCCUGCGCGCGCCGGAUCCGGCCUGGGACUGGCAGCACGUGGGCCCCGGCUACCGGGACCGCAGCUAUGACCCUCCCUGCCCAGGCCACUGGACACCAGAGGCACCCAGUUCGGGGACCACAUGUCCUGGACUGCCCAGAGCUUCAGAUCACUACGAGGAUGGGGGUCCAGAGGGCUCAGAGGCAGUUCAAUCCGGAACUCCAGAGGAACCAGAACCAAACUUGGAAGCUGAGGCCUCUGACAGUACUGAGCCUGAGCCAGAACCCCAAAUGGAUCCGGAACCAGAACCAGAGCCUGAAUUGGAGCCAGAGCCUGAUCCAGAGCCUGAUCCAGAGCCCGAGCCAGGGCCUGAGCCUGAGGAGGGAGACGGGUCCGAAGAUUCCUGAAGGCCAGAGUGCUGACCUAGUGUUUUCCCAUUAAGCCCAAGCCUGAUAAGACCUGGAACCCAGCAGAGCUGGAUGUAAUACCACCAAGGCUCCAUCGAGCCUGUUGGAAGUGAAUAAACUCCAGAGGGUAAGCCUGGACCUGGGCUUCCCACGAGUCUGGCUGUUUUCACAGAACUGAGGGGGGGGGGGGUAUGUGUGAGCCUACUGACCCUGACAGAUCUAUGCCCCACCCUCUCCCACCAAGUUUACAGUUACAUUCCAGCCUCAAUA